GCUCGGGCUCUACCGCUCGACUUUCCCGCCGCGGGGCGGGGCCUUCCCAGGACACGCCCCUGGAAGGCCACGCCCCCGCAGGUUGAUGGCAGCGGCAGCUGGGACUGCAGCGGUGGUGCCCGGCCCCGGAGAGCCGCCGGUAGCGGCCCGAGAGCGGAGCCCCAAUACCUGGGCCCGGACGCCGCGGACACUCCGAGAAGCGCUUCUGGCGCCCUGACGCCUCCCGAGGCCCCCAGCGCACUCCUAGCCCCCUGCGCAGAAGAAUCGCGGCGUAAGCGCCCCCGGACCUGCUCAGGACCAGCUCACAGAACUCAAGACCAAAGGCAUUACUAGGCACAGAAACUCCCUUGUGGGCUCCACCAUGAGCCGGCGUGUAGUUCGCCAGAGCAAGUUUCGCCAUGUGUUUGGGCAGGCAGCAAAGGCAGACCAAGCCUACGAGGACAUCCGGGUAUCCAAGGUUACGUGGGACAGCUCCUUCUGUGCCGUCAACCCCAAAUUUCUGGCUAUUAUUGUGGAGGCUGGAGGUGGGGGUGCCUUCAUCGUCCUGCCUCUGGCAAAGACAGGACGAGUGGACAAGAACCACCCACUGGUCACUGGGCACACUGGCCCUGUGCUGGACAUUGACUGGUGCCCACACAAUGACAACGUCAUUGCCAGUGCCUCAGAUGACACCACUGUCAUGGUGUGGCAGAUUCCGGACUAUACACCAGUGCGCAACAUUACAGAGCCCAUCAUCACCCUCGAGGGUCACUCCAAGCGCGUGGGCAUCCUCUCCUGGCACCCCACGGCCCGGAAUGUUCUGCUCAGUGCAGGUGGUGACAACGUGAUCCUCAUCUGGAACGUGGGCACUGGGGAAGUGCUCCUGAGUCUGGACAACAUGCACCCCGACGUCAUCCACAGCGUGUGCUGGAACAACAUCGGCAGCCUGUUGGCCACCACCUGCAAGGACAAGACCCUGCGCAUCAUCGACCCCCGCAAAGGCCAGGUGGUGGCGGAGAGGUUUGCGGCCCACGAGGGGAUGAGGCCCAUGCGGGCCGUCUUCACGCGCCAGGGUCACAUCUUCACCACGGGCUUCACCCGCAUGAGCCAGCGAGAGCUGGGCCUGUGGGACCCGAACAACUUCGAGGAGCCAGUGGCCCUGCAGGAGAUGGACACGAGCAAUGGGGUGCUGCUGCCCUUCUACGACUCCGACUCCAGCAUCGUCUACCUGUGCGGCAAGGGCGACAGCAGCAUCCGGUACUUCGAGAUUACCGACGAGCCCCCUUUCGUGCAUUACCUGAACACGUUCAGCAGCAAGGAGCCGCAGAGGGGCAUGGGGUUCAUGCCUAAGCGGGGCCUGGACGUCAGCAAGUGUGAGAUUGCCCGGUUCUACAAGCUGCAUGAAAGGAAGUGCGAACCCAUCAUCAUGACUGUGCCCCGCAAGUCAGACCUCUUCCAAGACGACCUCUAUCCAGACACUCCGGGUCCCGAAGCGGCCCUGGAGGCCGAAGAAUGGCUGUCGGGCCAGGACGCAGAGCCCGUCCUCAUCUCCCUAAGGGACGGCUACGUGCCCGCCAAGAACCGAGAGCUCCGGGUCACCAAGCGCAACAUUUUGGACGUCCGCCCGCCGGCAGGCCCUCGCCGCAGCCAGUCGGCCAGCGACGCCCUCUCGUCGCCCACCCUGGAGACGCUGCUGGAGGAGAUCAAGGGCCUCCGAGCUCAGGUGCAGGCGCAGGAGCAGCGCAUCACGGCCCUGGAGAACAUGCUGUGCGAGCUGGUGGACGGCACGGACUAACUGGCACGGCGCGCGGGGCUGUAGGACGGA